AACAGUGUAGUAGUGCAGAAGCAUUUCAGUUUUGGUCUCUGAGAUGGAUCUUAAAAUAUAUUGAAGAUCACAAGUAGAAAGACUGUAACACUUAUAUGUUUAUACUGUUUGGUAUAUGAAAGACAGAGACAUGUUAAGAACAGAGUAUUCAUUCAUUUGAUUUGUGUCUUCACAGUAUAGUCGUGCUCUAUCCAAAGAAAGAGACUCAACUGUAUGUGUAUUGUCUCCAAGACGUUGAAUUUGACCCAUUAAUUACUGCUCUUUAGUAUUUGAAGUAAUUCUUUGGACAGCAUCUACGCAGACAAAACAACAUUAACAGGAUAACACUGGUAUCUAAAAGGCCUUCAAUUCCACAGCAUCCAUCCUCUGCACACCAUGUCGUACUAAAUCUUGAGUGUUUAAUCUCCCGUAAUUACAAAGAUUUGCUUAGGUUAAUAAAAAUAAUCGGCCUCAAUUAAGACCCCCUACCUGGACCUCCCCUGUGCCUUCUUUGCCCCUUUCUGUGAGGGAUAAAUUCACAGUCAUAUAAAUAGAGUCACCUCCCAAACCGCGAAGCACACCUCUUCGAUUCAGGAGCAAAAAAGGCUGUUGGAUAUUGAGAAAGUAGUCUGGUUCAUCGGGUUUAUCAGAGAGGCAGAAACGUUUAAUUAAAAUUUGUUCCUAAAUAAAGUAGCCGCAUUCAGUCUUAUAGACUGACGUUGUUUCCACAGGAGUGUGUUGUUCGUGAGUGUGUUGAGGUUAGCGACAGUUGAGAGGCUCAUCUUUAUCUGUGAUCUUGUCACCACAAAUACUUCGAAGAAUCAAGGGGUGUUCAGUUUUAGAAAGGUCCUGCCAUACCAGACAUGCUGUGAAAGACUCUUGGAAGACACACUUUUCAUUUUUCAUCUUCUUCAACAAACAGUUAGGAACCGCUAAAACCUGUGUAAUGAGUCUGAGAUAUCUUAAUUCAGAGAUGACAAUGGAGCACAGAAGUAGCUGUACAGGCGGCAGAGUAAGGCUGGGACUGAGCUUCACUAUCGACUACCUUCUAUUCAAUAAAGGAGUCAAAGGUUCUAAAGAAGAAGCGACAGGAAGUCGUACAGCCGAGCAGACAGUGGACAACAUGCUAAAUCAUCAGAAUCCUAAACCCAAAGAGGUGGAGAUUCACUCUGCGAUACAGGAGAAGCAGCUACAGAGGUCAGAGGCUGAGACCGAAGAAAGGAAAGUCAAAGAAGAGGAGGGGGAUGAAGAGCAACAAGAGGAGGGGGAGGAGGAAGUGACAACCACCAGAUCUAUCGGCAACAGUCCAGAGAAGUCUGCAGACAAACCCAACCAGUCGUACAUUGCGCUCAUCUCCAAGGCAAUCCUGGCAUCGGAGGGGAAGAAACUGCUGCUAUGUGACAUCUACCAGUGGAUCAUGGACCACUACCCGUACUUCAAGAGUAAGGAUAAAAACUGGAGAAACAGCGUGCGUCACAACUUGUCCCUGAACGAUUGCUUCAUCAAAGCAGGCCGCAGCGAAAACGGUAAAGGCCACUUCUGGGCAAUUCACCCCUCAAACUACCAGAACUUUUUAAACGGGGACUACCACUGCCGGCGGGCACGACGCAGAGUUCGCAGGAUAGCAGGACAGUUCCCACUUCCCUCCAUCAGCUCCCCUUACCACCCUGUCCUUGCCCGGCCCCACAGAACAACCUAUUGGUGCUGCCCUCAGGUCCAAACACUUCCUCUGUCCUGCUUGGCACCCAGACUCUACUGGCCAUGGUCCAGCGUGCAGCCUCAAGUGGGGCUUCACCCGCGCCUGCGUGCCCCUGUACCCUGAGAGUGAAGCGUUUGUAUUUUUUAAAAGGUAUUUUUGAAUCAU